AUGUCCCUCACUUUUCACAAACUUUUAAUUCCAGCAUUCAUUCCCUCCCCCGCCCCACUGCUCGUAGCGCACCGCGCAACUCCAUCGUCUCUCGAGACAGACGGAUGUAUUGGUUUAUCCUCUCCUUUGGACACUGCUAGCAAGGCCAAGAGUGGGGAACUAGACGUCCGGGCAGCCCUAGUUCUCCAUAUAUCCCGUCCAGGCCCGCUCGUAGCGCACCGCGCAACUCCAUCGUCUCUCGAGACAGACGGAUGUAUUGGUUUAUCCUCUCCUUUGGACACUGCUAGCAAGGCCAAGAGUGGGGAACUAGACGUCCGGGCAGCCCUAGUUCUCCAUAUAUCCCGUCCAGGCCCGCCCGUAGCGCACCGCGCAACUCCAUCGUCUCUCGAGACAGACGGAUGUAUUGGUUUAUCCUCUCCUUUGGACACUGCUAGCAAGGCCGAGAGGGGAACUAGACGUCCGGGCAGCUCUAGUUCUCCAUAUAUCCUGUCCAGGCCCGUAGCGCACCGCGCUACUCCAUCGUCUCUCGAGACAGACGGAUGUAUUGGUUUAUCCUCUCCUUUGAACACUGCUAGCAAGGCGAGAGGGGGAACUAGACGUCCGGGCAGCCCUAGUUCUCCAUAUAUCCCGUCCAGGCUCGUAGCGCACCGCGCAACUCCAUCGUCUCUCGAGACAGACGGAUCAAUGCCGAGAGGGGGAACUAGACGUCCGGGCAGCCCUAGUUCUCCAUAUAUCCCGUCCAGGCCCGUGGCGCACCGCGCAACUCCAUCUUCUCUCGAGACAGACGGAUGUAUUGGUUUAUCCUCUCCUUUGGACACUGCUAGCAAUGCCGAGAGCAACUCCAUCGUCUCGGGGAAACUAGACGUCCGGGCAGCCCUAGUUCUCCAGUUCUAUAUCCCGUCCAGGCCCGUAGCGCACCGCGCAACUCCAUCGUCUCUCGAGACAGACGGAUGUAUUGGUUUAUCCUCUCCUUUGGACACUGCUAGCAAUGCCGAGAGGGGAAACUAG